UCAGGGUCUGGACUCCGGCACUGAUGGCAGAGAAAAGAAAUGUGUCGUAUGUACCUUUGAAGCAGCCCAUCGUGUUCACAGUGGAAGGCUUCAUCAUAACCAGGCAGCAGGGGUACCCCCUGUUUGUAGCCUCGCUCAUCGUGUACGCCGUGAUGCUGCUGGGAAACAUCACCGUGGUUACAGUGAUAGCCACGGAUGUCAAACUCCACAAGCCCAUGUACAUGAUGAUGUGCAACCUGGCAGCGUGCGAUCUGCUCGGGGGCACGACGGUCAUGGCCCAGCUGAUGUCACAGUUCCUGACAGGGAACAAGACCAUCGGCUACGUGGCGGCAAUAGUCCAGGUCUUCUGUGUUCACACGUAUGGCUCAGUCGUUGCCACUAUUCUGUCCGCCAUGGCGUAUGACCGCUACAUUGCCAUCUGCCAGCCACUGCACUACCAUGCCAUCAUGACCACUACGAGGCUGGUUUCGCUGUGUUUUGUCGCCUGGCUCAUUCCAAUUUGCCUGGUGAUGAUCCUCCUCAUUCUGACCGUGGGAACACCACUGUGUGGGACGUUAAUCAUGCAUGUCUACUGCAGCAAUAGUGCUAUUCUCAAGCUGGCAUGCAUCCCCACCCCCAUCAAUGACAUAUACGGUAUGUGUACAAUUUAUUCCGUAACUUUGGGUUGCUUCUUAGUCAUUGCCUUUUCCUAUGUGAAGAUUCUCAAAGCGUGCAUCAUCAAACAGGAGAAAAACAGUCGGAGCAAGGCCAUACAAACGUGUGCCUCCCAUCUCACCAUUUAUUUCCUCUUUGAGAUCUCUGGCUUCACCAUUUUUAUGACUUACAGUCUGCAAGAUAUCAGCCCCAACACCAGGAAGUUCUGCUCCAUUCUUCUUUUCAUUGUGCCCCCCACAGUCAACCCAAUCAUCUACGGCAUUGCCAUGAAAGACAUACGCACACGCAUUGUGAAUCUUUUCAAAUCCAAUAUUUCCUCAAAAUAGGUAAAUCAGCAUGUACUACCCAGUAAUCCAAAUAAUAUUUUUGAAAUGUUUAAAAUGUUUAGGUGGAAGAAAGUUGUUAAAUUGGUAAAAAUAAACAAAUAAAUAAAAUUUUAAAAAGAACUGUCUCUAAAACAUAUCCCUAGUAGACAAAGUGUCAGACGGACCAUUUUAGCUGUAAAGUUGUGGUUCAGGGGCUGGUAAAACUGUACAAAAUUGUGCAAAUAUUGCUACAACAUAGUUAUUCUCCACACCCUUCCACAAUUUCACCUCAUCAUUGUUCCCCCAUGAACCUUUUGCAUUAUAAAAAGCAAAUCUAGCCUACAUUUUAAAAACCAAUAAGAAGCACUUUACUUUUUAAAAUAAAGCACAGCAAUUGUAAUCAAGUUUUUGCUUCUGUUGUAAAAACAAA